CAGAAGAAGCCGAAUGACCGUAGGGACUGGUCGAGUGGACUCCCGCCUCGCCCGCACUGCGCUGCGUGCUCUGGGAUCUCCUGCCUGUGGCUCCGGGCACCGCCUGUGCGACCAGCUGAAAAUGUGUGUGUAAAAUGCAAGCUCACGUUGGCGGAGGCCUUGAGACCGUGCGGCCCUGUCCUCUAAAACUGGACCAUGAAGGUGCUGGAAGGAAAUUACUUGUGGAUGCUGCUUGCACUGCUCCGUUUGGCGGCCAGCGCUGCGGAACAUGGACAGGUGGCGAAGCACGCCAUCAAGUUACACCGAGGCCGCGGAGCCGCCAGCGCGCAGAGGAAGCAGUGGGUCCUGGACGGUUGCAGGAAGCUCUCCGGGCUUCUUCGCCAAAAGACUGUGGUUCUCAACAAACUGAAGAGCGCGAUCAGAGCGGUGGAGAAAGACAGCGGCCUGUCAGACGAAGAGAAGCUGUUCCAGGUGCACACGUUCGAGAUUUUCCAAAAGGAGCUGAACGAAAGCGAAAACUCAGUGUUCCAGGCGAUCCACGGCCUGCAGAGAGCCCUGCAGGGGGACUUCCGGGACGUCGUGAACAUGAAGGAGAGCAGCAGGCAGCGCCUGGAGGCCCUGCGAGAGGCCGCCAUCAAGGAGGAGACAGAGUAUGUGGAACUUCUGGCAGCGGAAAAACAUCAGGUCGAAGCUCUCAAAAACAUGCAGCAUCAGAACAGAAGCUUAUCCAUACUUGACGAAAUCCUUGAGGAUGUGAGAAAGGCCGCCGAUCGCCUCGAGGAGGAAAUAGAGGAACACGCUUUCGAUGACAACAAGUCAGUGAAAGGGGUCAAUUUUGAGGCGGUGCUCAGAGUGGAGGAAGACGAGGCUAACCCCAAGCAGAACCUCACAAAGCGGGAAGCGGAGGGUGACUUGGGCCUCAGCAUGCUGAUCGACUCCCAGAACAACCGGUACAUCCUGACCAAACCCAGAGACGCCACCAUCCCACGCGCAGAUCACCACUUUCUGAAGGACAUCGUUACCAUAGGAAUGCUGUCUUUACCUUGCGGCUGGCUGUGCACAACAAUAGGGCUGCCUACGAUGUUCGGUUAUAUCAUUUGUGGUGUGCUUCUGGGGCCUUCGGGACUGAACAGUAUUAAGUCUGUUGUGCAGGUGGAGACCUUGGGAGAGGUCGGUGUGUUCUUUACUCUGUUCCUCGUUGGCCUGGAGUUCUCCCCGGAAAGGCUGAGAAAGGUGUGGAAGAUCGCCUUCCAAGGACCGUGUUACAUGACGCUGUUGAUGAUUGCGUUUGGCUUGUUCUGGGGACACCUGCUGCAGAUCAGACCCACCCAGAGCGUCUUCGUCUCGACUUGCUUGUCCUUGUCCAGCACACCGCUGGUGUCCCGAUUCCUCAUGGGCAGUGCCCGGGGUGAGAAAGAAGGCGACGCGGACUACGGCGCGGUGCUGCUCGGGAUGCUCGUGGUGCAGGACGUGCAGCUGGGGCUGUUCAUCGCCGGCAUGCCCACCCUCAUCCAGGCCGGAGCCGGCUCCCACUCCAGCGUUGUCAUGGAGACUCUGCGGAUCCUGGCUUUGGUGGGUCAGAUCCUCUUCUCGCUGGCUGCCGCUUGUCUUCUGUGUCUUGUUGUAAAGACUUACCUCAUUGGACCGUAUUAUCGGAAACUGCAUGUGGAAGGCAAAGGGAACAAAGAAAUCCUUAUCUUAGGAAUCUCUGCUUUCAUCUUUUUAAUGUUAAUGGUCACGGAGCUGCUGGACGUCUCCAUGGAGCUGGGCUGCUUCCUGGCCGGCGCACUCAUCUCUUCCCAAGGCCACAUGGUCACCGAGGAGGUCGUGGCUUACAUUGAGCCCAUCCGCGACUUCCUGGUUAUCAUCUUCUUCGCGUCCAUAGGCCUGCACGUGUUCCCCACCUUCGUGGUGUACGAGCUCACCGUCCUGAUGGUCCUCACGCUGUCGGUGGUGAUCAUGAAGUUUGCCCUGGCAGCUCUGGUCUUGUCUCUCCUCCUGCCGAAGAGCUGGCAGUACGUCAAGUGGAUCGUGGCUGCGGGGCUGGCGCAGGUCAGCGAGCUCUCCUUCGUGCUGGGGAGCAGAGCACGCAGAGCGGGCAUCAUUUCUCGGGAGGUGUACCUUCUCAUCCUGAGCGUGACCACACUCAGCCUCUUGCUGGCCCCGGUGCUGUGGCGAGCCGUCCUCACCAGGUGUGUGCCGCGGCCGGAGAGACGGUCGAGUCUGUGAGGGGAGCGGCGGGGACGCGCGGCUUCGGAAGGGAGACCUGUGUGCGGCCGCCCGUCCCUGGGAGCCCUUCGCCUCGGGGACUGAGCACUCCAUGGAGGGGGCUCCCCGUCCGCCAGGCGGGCCGGCCUCACACCGUGGUUUCGGGCUUCCAGAGUAGCACGCUGCGCCGUCGGUCACGCACCGUGUACGCAGGACGCUGCGUUUUGCGGAUCGCCUUGACGGUUUUGCCUGGAUGUGCCUUUUUUUCUGAAAUUAAUCUUCAUUUUCUAUUGUUAUUUCAUCAGUUCAUGAUUUUUUGGUAAAAAAAAUCAGAAAGGUUUUUUAUUUAUUCAACUUUUGUGUUGUAAUCUGUUGGCCAAUAUUUGUUAUCAAACAUUUCUGUGAUGUGAAAUUUUAAUUCUGGCGGUGAGUUUGGGAAGUUACUUCUAGUCCUUACUGUUUUCUAAAAUAACAAAUAUCUUUCAAAUGUCUGUUUGUUUUCAUUCCAGUAAUCUUAAAUAAAACACGUCA